GGCACAGAAGGUGGUAGCCUCUGGAGGAAGUGGGGCCUCGGGUUUCACGAAGGUGGUGGUGGUGGUGCUUGCGGUGUCAAGGGCAUUACGGAAACUCUGGUUGUAGGAUCGACUGCGCACAAAGUUACUCUCCGAGGACCGGACGGGGGAGACGUCUAAACAGAUCAGAAGAUGCAACAGUUGAGAUGAGGGGGGCUGAUCUUUGA